AUGUCUUCAGGUAUGUGUUUUUCCCUUUCUUGUUUUGGUUUUUAGAUCUUCGGUUGGACUUAUUCGAAAACUUCCUAUUUUAGCUCAACCCACCAACUCCCAGGCCGAAAAGAUGGUCAUCGCGUGUACGGUGGCCAGGUCGUGGGCCAGGCGUUGAUGGCCGCCAACAACACGAUCGAUCCUGUCUUUCAUCCUCACAGUCUACAUUGCCAGUUCCUUGCCCCGGCCGACAAAAGCAUACCUAUUGUCUACGAAGUGACUCGAGUACGAGAUGGUCGUAGUUUUGGUACUCGAUUGGUACAGGCGAAACAGAACAAAACUACGGUAUUUACAACGUCAAUAUCGUUUCAAAAAGUGGAACCAGAUUCGAUUUGUCACGAGCCGGAAAUGCCGAAAGUCCCACCGCCGGAGGAGUGCGAAGACGUCAUGACUCUACUGAAAAGGUAAGAUUUUGUAGAAGUGGUUAUAUUUUAGUAUGUUUGAUGGUCACAAUGGGAUUAAGAGACACCUUGUGAAGAUAUGCCGAAAUUUUUGUAGAAAUCUGUAGCUCUUGUCAAAAGUUAUGGCGAUUUUGUGUACCCUAUCAUCGCAUAUUUGUCAUAUUAGUAGUAAACCACUAUUUUCUUAUUAGAAAUUCUUCAUUACGCCAUUCUUUUUGCAUCUAUUUUAAUUUUGAUAAACCAUUCUUAUGAUAUAUCAUUUCAGAAUGCUAGACGACCCCAAAUCCGUCUCACCAGAAGGCAAAUUGGCGGCAGAUCAAUAUCGACGAGUACUCGAGCUACCAAACAUUUUCGGAAUCAAAGUGAUAACACCGAAAAAGUACAUCAAUGUUCCGACGAACCGGCCAAUGAAGUUUGCUGGGUGAAAAGUUUGACUCCACUUGGUGAUGACGAACAUCUACAUCAUUGUGUCGCAGCAUUCAUCUCGGAUGUAGCCCCAGUAGGCACACCAUUGUUUGCGAAUGCAGCGGCUGGAUUCAGGCUGGGGAUGGCAGCUUCAUUAGACCAUUCUAUGUGGAUUCAUCGACUUGACUUUAGAAUCGACAACGAUUGGGUACUUUAUGAAACGGAAAGCCCUGUGGCAGGUAAGGCGAUCUUAAUGUUUUAAAUUUAAGUUUUUAGGUACAAAAAUGCGUUUUUAUUUCAAUUUUAAUACCUAAAAUUUUAAAUUUGGUCAAUAAUGGCUUGUUUUUCAGCUGCAAGUCGAGCCCUGAUUCAUGGAAAAAUGUGGACCAGAGACGGCCGACUAGUACUGUCAACGGCCCAAGAAAUCCUGUUACGGGAGGACCGUGCCAACGAAAAUGGAUCCGUUUCAGAAUCCCGGAAAAGCUCCCUGGUACCAACCUAG